GUUGUUGAGAGAUACUUGGAGACUCAAUUGGCAUUCGAAGCGACGACGAGUGGUAUGAGGACGGAGAGGCAGAUUGUAGGAAUUGGAAUCUGAAGGGGCGGAUGUGUAAUUAUAACGCUAGGAACUCUGGGGGGGCGUAUAUGGGGUUUGACGUUGGCGGUAUGGCAAUAGGUCUACAGUUCUUAUGUGAGCCUCUUCUUUGUUUUUUCUCCUCCCGAGGCGUUUUGCUUGCUUCUUUCCUUCAGGGCUCUGCUACAUGCCAGCGAUGUUUGUUUGCAAUUUAUCAGACAACAUCAUCGCUGUCUGCGGCCAACGCUUCGUUUGGUUAUACUGUUCCCGUGAUAAGAUGGUCAAGACGGCUCGAGGACAAUACAAGUUCGAUGAUGAUCAAAAACGAGGGGUAAGCUGGUUCGGCCUCCAGGCAGGUUAGCGUUUGACGCGAGGGGGGGCU